CCCUUCACCCGGGCUCCGCUCUUGCCUGCUCCACACUUGUUUGCUUUAUGAGGAAUCCAAGAUGAAUUUGGAGCAGGAGAGGCCAUUUGUCUGCAGUGCCCCAGGCUGCUCCCAGCGCUUCCCAACAGAGGACCAUCUGAUGAUUCACAGGCACAAGCAUGAAAUGACUUUGAAGUUCCCCUCAAUAAAAACAGACAAUAUGUUAUCAGAUCAGACUCCAACCCCAACGAGGUUCCUGAAGAACUGUGAGGAAGUGGGACUCUUCAACGAGCUGGACUGUUCCCUGGAGCAUGAGUUCAGGAAGGCUCAGGAGGAGGAGAGCAGCAAGAGGACUAUCUCAAUGCAUAGCACAGUUGGUGGGGCCAUGGCGGGGCCCGGAGCUCACCAGCUUGGCAGCACCCGGAUGCCCAGCCAUGACACCAGCGUGGUGAUUCAGCAAGCCAUGCCGUCACCCCAGUCCAGCUCUGUCAUCACACAGGCGCCUUCUACCAACCGCCAGAUCGGGUAAGAGACCUCCUCGGCUGCCUCU